UUUCCUAUGGUUAUUUGUGAAUUUCAAAUAGAAUCAUUUUGAAGCUGUAUUGCAGUCAUUUAUUCUUUCCAAAAAGUGUCUGAACAAGAGCUGGACAUGAUUCUGGUAAAAAUACACACUGAAGGCAAAAGCCAUAGCUUUAAACUCUCGCCUUCCUUCCCUCCUCUCCCCUCUUUACCCCUCUCCUCACCACCUCCCUCUCGCCUGUCUUGGUUUCCUCUUGGUGGUGUGUCCGUGGUUGGGACAGUGAUGAGGAAUGUUGUUGUUGUGACUUAGCUGGAUUCAGGGUGGCUCAGACAGUACCAAACACACACAGUAUGUUUGUGCACACAUGCAAGCAUGUGCAAUAAAGCCAGAUGUAUGACAGUUUGCAUUGUUGAGUCUUUUGAAAGUGCUCUGGUAGCUGUGGUGCAGGUAGACGUCACUUUCUGCAUAGCAGAGGCCUGAGGAAUGUGCUGGUGUUGUCAGUGUUGUACAGGUGGUGGCUAAUAAUAUGAAAGGUAUUUUUGCUGUGUAUUGUUGUAUAUGUGUUUGAUCUCAGGUGCAGAUUGCUCUGCAUUUAUGUGCGUUGCCCAUAAUCUAGGAUCUGCCCUGUGGACAGGAUUAUAUGCAUGGCUGAAUUUGCACUGGCAGGUUAAGCUUUUAUUACACGAGGGCUUCUCUGUAUGUUCCUACUGUGUUAUGAUCACAUUUCAGCCCCUCUGAGCAGCAGUUUGACAAGGCUUUGGUUGAGUAAUGGCACCUUCUACUUAAUGAAAUUCCAAAAUAAGCAAACGAAUUGACACUGUCAGAGACACGUUUGAAAUGAACCUGCCCCAAUAUUUACCUGUUUCAGUUCUUUUCAGGGGGCCAGUGAUAAUUGUUUGCCAGAUAUUUCAGCAUAGAGGUAACAAGCCCGGCAUGUUACUGUAUCUGAAAUAAACACAACGGUGCUAAUAACCAGGGCAAACAGCAUGUUGAAGCUGCUGUUUGUGGAGACAGUAAUAAAUGUCUAAUUAUUUAUUUAUUGUUCUGUCCGGAGGUACAUGUGUCAACACGAGCCUGGCCUUGUUUUUUCUUCACCCCAGGUGUAUCAGCUCCUUCUCACAGCCUUGACAUCUUAAACCUACAUAACUCUGAAGAAGAGAUUGACCGGUAUAACAUUGAAUAACGUACUCCUGUCAUAUUACUUUCAUUUUUUCACUCACUGUUUCAGUAUUGGCAUGGCCCAUCCUUUAUGAAAAUGAUUGACUAAAUGAAAGUUAUACAGAUAACUAGUGCAGGAGAUCGAACUGGUCGCAGCCGAGAAAUGUUUGCAUGUGACAUGCUGAUAAAGAAGCUCAACAUGCUCCGAGCGCAAUGUGUUUAUGGCAUACAAGAUUAGACACUGUGGUGUGUGCUCUGAAAUGGAGAAGAUUCUGUUCUGUAUGCAAAGGUAUAUGUAAUAACAAAAGAAACAUUUUAACAUAUAAGCAUUUUCCAGAUCAUUUUAAUUACAAAAAACUCCUUCCGUGUGUUUGAAAAAGUCACAGCAACAGUAAUGUUAAAAUAUUUUUUGUCAUACACCUAGUGUAUAUAUUUAAGACUGUAUGUGUUUUCAUUUUUGUCCAAAGAAUAACAGGUUGUACUGCCUGUAUACAUACACACGAUGGAUGCAACUAAAAGCAAACACAACAUGAACAGUGUCUUACAAAGGUCUAAGUCCACCGCGAUCUGCCUCAGCAGCUUCAGUUUUAUACAUCUCUAAACUCAACUGGAGGGAGCACAGUUCCUCUGAACAAUAUCUCCUCAUGUGAUAUGCCUGUUCAGAUUCUCCCACAGGUGUUCAGUUGGGAUUUAUUCAUUUAUUUUCUUAAUUUUGCUACCUGUCCCUAGAUAUGGAAAUCAGCCCGACCACAUCUCAGAGGGUAGACAACAUAAAUGUGAGCCAGUGAGCCACUCAUUAAACCAUAAGGCCUGCCAUUAUCCACAUUGUCUGUUGACUUCACCACAUCCUUACACACACACACACACACACACACAAAGAUGCAGUGUUGCACACAAUCAGAUAUUCACUACAGCUUAAGAACAGUCUGUGCCAGGACACAUAGCGGUUUGUGUGUUCGUAUAGGUUUGUAUUUGUGUGUCUUGUCAGUGUGCGAUUGUGUGUGCGCAUAGCUCUGUCCAUGUAUGCUAAACAAGAGAUCUAAUUGUCUCCAGAGGUUUGCUCUCGGAGGAAUCAAUGGGCAUUGUUUGUUAUGUGUUCCUAGCCUAAGACUCACUUUCAGAGCCAUGUUAUUUAAUAUGAUGACAAAUAAUCCAGUUAAACUGAAUAGCUGAACGGAGAUGAUGACUUCAUGCUGAUGACGAUGAGGAAGUCGAUAACAAUACCAAGUAUGGUGAGACUCAAAUUAGCAAGAAAAUGACUUGGAGGUUUUGCAAUACCCUGUGCAUAUGCGUACUCUUUUCAUCUAUAACCUCUUUUAAUAACAAACUAAAUUUAAACAUGAAGUAUAAAUAAAUUUUGUUUCUUAUUAAGGCAAUGUGCUGUUGCCCUCAUUUUAUGCAGUCCUUCCUGGGUGCAAUCUCCGAACCAACAUGAAAGCUCUCGUCAUCAAAAGAAAUGCAAUUUACACAGAGAUAUGAGCUUUGGUGGAUAGAGCAGCAGCCCACAGCCCCUCAGUCCCUCAGACCAGGAGGCAGUGUGGAGAACAUGCUCACAUGUUCAUAUAUGCAUCAGUGUGUGUGCACAUAAAGGUCAGCGAGGGCAGUAUUGACAUGCUAUAUUCUGAGCACAUGGUGCAGCGGCAGCAAGGCCUGGGGUGUUGCAUUUCCUCCAGCGUCCUCCACUGUGACGACCUGUCUCAGCACACUGUCACCCUGACUCCACCUCUGUCAAUAUGCCGAAACCACUCCUUUUACUGAACAGCAGCAAACCAAAAGAGAAUAAAGCCUCUUUCUCUGCAGUCAAAGCUGAAAAGAGGAGCUCAGCCUAAAAGCUACGGUUUGCCGGUUAGGCUCCCUCAGCAGAUGUUGCAGUAUAACAAGCAGCAUUUUCUUUAACUUAAUCUGUACUCACAUUGCACCAGUUAACCCCAGUGUGCUAUUUCUUGUGUGAUUAUGUAGAAUAGAGAAUCCAAAAAGUCAUGACCUGUAGUGUUAAUAGAUGCUGAACUAGACUAAGACUCAGUCAUUGUUCAGGAAGUCUUAACAUAACUGUGAACCACACCCUCGUUCUGCUUGUCUUGAGCAGUUAGUCAUGAUUGCAACUUCAACACCAGUCCUGGUUAGCAACAGUCAUGUUGUUUUGAUUGCUUUUCAAUCCAUUAAGGCAUGCCUUAAUAACAAAGCACUUCUCCGAGUUUAAGAAAACCUCAUGAUGUGUCUGAGUGCUAUUUGUCACAGUCCACCACACAAAUCAUUGGCAGGUUUUCUGCAUAUUUUGUGCUUUCAGCAGAGGUGAAGAGAGGUUUCAACAGCAACUUCGACCCGUUGAGAACAGAUUUGUUUUGUGAGUCAUAACCAAGAGAAAGUAAAAAACAAGCAGGCUCGCUUUUCAUGUCAGAAACUGUUUUUGCUGUUCAGGCAUAUGCUGGUGUCACAUGACCGUGAGCAGAUGGAGAUGUCCUGAUAUUGAAGACACACUUCCUCUUCUUGUAGCUACAUAAUGCUUCUACCACGUGUUCAGAAGGAGGUAUAGGAAGCACAUGGCCUCUCUCGCGCACUCACUUGCUGUCACCAUCAUCCCAUCCUCCAGUGUGGUUGACCUUGCACCAGCUCGCAAGACCUUGGAGUCUGAGUGAUUGCUGCUGAGGAUGCUAGAAGAGAAAGCAAUGCAGGCCAGACAGUCACAUUGAGGGCACAGAGGCAUGGAUGGAGUUGGGGAGAAAGUAGAGUAGGAUCUGCUGGUUAAAACAUUAUAAAUUCUGUGGUUAGACCAGAGAAGUAGAUCAUAUUAAACAGUCAUGAAAUGGAUGCCUUGGAGAGAAAGAGCACUGACAGUUAAAGUGGAAUUAGAUAGAGGGAGUGGCAUACUGACAAGAAAGACCAUAGACAUGAAGAAAUCAAUAUGGGAAGGACGGCCAUGUCCAGACAUGAUGGAUCAUAAUAAGGUCUCAUUAUCACAUCGUCUCUGUGUCACAGAUAUGUGCUGUAUUAGAGACAAUAGGAACAGAUUUGGCAGCCAGAUAGAAUGCAGGGGGUGUCAGCUUUUCAUGUAUCAAGCCAUCAUGCUGCCCCUGGCACUCUCAGUUUAAAAAGAUUUCUAAUUAAGGCUUCUAUUUCACCCCAUUAGUUCAUGUUCAGCUGCGGCUCAAGUUCAGUGUGAUGAGUUCAGAGAUGAUCUUUGCUCUCCUGAACUCAUCCUAUUACAAAGUAUAUUUAGGUAGUUAAUGUUUGUUGCUGUCAGACUUAUCAGACUGAGCUGGAGCAAUAAAUACAUGUAGCGUCAAAAUGAUAUGAUAUUAAAAAUCCAGGUCCUAGUGCAUACAGAGCUAUAAAUAAAAUAAAAAUAAAUAGGAACAUUUAAUAAAAUGUUGUCCGUGAGUUGAGCAGUAUCAUAACAUCCCUUUCCUGUGUGAAAAGUGCAUUUCAUGGAAGCUAAUUUGCUGUGUUUGUAUGUGUGCCUGUGUCUGUGGGGGUGCGGCAGUUGUGUUAUGAUUAUGCGCGCACUCCAAAGGUCAUUUGAAGCAGUAAUGCUACUUUUGCUAUCCUAGGGGUCAUCCAAGGUGAAACUAAGCAGUUUCCUCUUUCACGCUCUCUUUCCCUGUAACAUAUAUCCACGUUGCUGGGUCAUCAUGACCCAGGCUGUGCUGCUGCAGAGCUCCGGUGUGGUGCGUUGCGUUGCUGCAGUGCCGUGAAGUUUGCAGCGGUUCAUAGCGUUGCUGAAGGUGCACAUGUUGUUCUGAGAAAAGUGAUUUCUCUAGGCAGGGUGUGGUGACUUUUACUCUGCCUGUGCAACAAGAGCAGAACGGGCCCCCGGGAGCUCAGUCAUUCAAACUCCCAGAGAAAACCCCUUACAAUGGAUUCACCAAAAAUAGAACCUACUGGCAACAUUGCAAAAUUCUCAUCAAAAAACCCUUUGCAACCGCCGAUCUCUUCUGCAUGAAUGUUUCUGUGAAAAUAAUAAAAAAUUACGUUAUUGCAAGUUCACAUCUAUGUGCGAUCACGGCAGUAUUUCUGUGAUGAUGAUGGUGAUGUUUGGAAAUGCUUCAGGUCAUGGAGAUUAUAAUCUGUUUUUUGUGUUCGAUUUCAAAAGAAAUUCAUGAGAAAUCAGGUAGUCAUAGUCAGUUUGGUCUCUCUCUCUCUCCUCCUUUAGCAGCAGGCAGGUCAGCCUCCUCUUUGCUCCUCCCCCUGCUCUCACCUGGCGCUCAGCCCAGAAUGUUGCUGCAACUCUGCUUGCUCUCAUUGGUCCCCACUCUCACACCGCUUCACAAGAAGGGAAAUGACUAACCUCUUCUCCCUCAUGCCCUGCCUCUACUUCCCCUUUGCUUUCACUCUCUUCUUUUCUUUCACCUCUAAACUCAUUUGUAAUGGCCAGCUCUGCUGUACUUGACUAGGAAGUGCCUUCCCUGAUGUCUGCUGCAGCUUUGACCUGCUUCUACAGCUGAAGCUCCACCCUCCCGCCUCCGCCUCGCUCGCUUGCUGCCACAGUUAACACAAGUACAAGGACAGAGACCACGUCCUCCUUGCGACCUGCGCUCCUACCUGCUCGUCCAUCCACCACCACCACUACCAUUCACUCCUUGCAGCCGGGCUCCAGCCACAGCUCUCCUCUCCAGACGCCUCCUGCUGCUCUGUACCAGCUGACCUGCCUUACCACAGCAGUCCAACACACCACCAGACCCACGCAGCAUCUCACCCACCUUGCCUUUAACCUUCGCCUUCAACCCUCUAAGCCUCCACUCAGUCCUCAGUGUCUUUAGCCUUCCCGUAGCGGGCUACACCCAGACUAUCACCUUUGUUGCCUGCUUCACUGCACCUACCCAGAGGGCUCGCAGUUUGGCCUGUUCAACUGUUUGCCUCCUUGGCUUCUGAAUGCUGUAGAUGAGACUGUUCUGAAACAGUGAGAGAGAAAAGUCAAGAGUGGCAACUUAGUUGUUAGACCAAUUCAUCACCUGGAUAUAAACUUUGUGUUUGAGGAUAAUUCUAAUAACGUUCACAGCAAAACGUCGUCCCGCAACAUUUCACUUCGGAAAAGGAGCCCUCUCAAUCAAUAGGAACUUUAUUUUGAUUCAUUUCAACAUUACACACACAUAUCACAGGCUUUAACAAGAAGUAAACAAACAAAAGACCUUAAAGUUGUGGAUUAAAACACUAGAGGUACUUUACUCGCACUUGAACAGAUUUCAGCUCGGAGUACCUUUUGCCAGCGUGUUGCCAUGGCGCUGAACAUGGCACACAUCCGCGACACAAAGUGGCUGACACUUGAAGUAUGUAGGGAGUUCCAGAGGGGCACGUGCUCACGCUCCGACCAGGAGUGCAAGUUCGCUCAUCCGGCCAAGAGCUGUCAGGUGGACAACGGACGGGUCAUCGCCUGCUUCGACUCACUCAAGGGCCGUUGUUCCAGGGAGAACUGCAAGUACCUGCACCCUCCUCCCCACUUAAAGACCCAGCUUGAGAUCAAUGGCAGGAACAACCUGAUCCAGCAGAAGAACAUGGCCAUGCUGGCCCAGCAGAUGCAGCUCGCCAACGCCAUGAUGCCUGGCACGCAGCUACCGCCUAUGGUGAGAGGACACACACGUAUGAACACACCACAGCUACUGCCCACGCCCAUGUUCUCGGUGACGCCAGGCCUGGCCACCAACGCCAGUGCAGCAGCAGCUGCAGCCGCUGCCUUUAAUCCCUACCUGAGCCCCGUGUCCCCAGGCCUGAUGCCUCCAGAGAUCCUGCCAAGCACCCCUGUCCUCAUGGCCUCAAGUCCCACCGUCAGCCAAGUCCCUAACGCUGCUGCUGCAGCCCAGAAACUGCUGAGAACAGAUAGACUUGAGGUGUGUCGGGAAUAUCAGAGAGGCAACUGCUCUCGGGGGGAGAAUGACUGCCGCUUCGCCCACCCCGCAGACAGCACCAUGAUCGACACCAACGACAACACCGUCACCGUGUGCAUGGACUACAUCAAGGGCCGGUGCUCCCGGGAAAAGUGCAAGUACUUCCACCCGCCAGCCCAUCUGCAGGCCAAAAUUAAGGCUACCCAGCACCAGGUGAACCAGGCUACAGCCGCCGCGGCCAUGACUCAGUCGGCUGUCAAAUCACUGAAGCGACCCCUCGACGCAACCUUUGACCUGGGCAUCACCCCUAGUGUCAUGGCUCCCCUGCCCAAGCGGGCAGCCCUGGAGAAGGCCAAUGGGGCCUCUGCCAUGUUUAACACCGGCAUGCUCCAGUACCAACAGGCCCUGGCCAGCAUGCAGUUUCAGCAGCAGGCUGCUUUCCUUCCAUCAGGCUCAAUAUUGUGCAUGACACCUGCAACCAGCGUUGUUCCCAUGAUGCACGGUGGUACUCCGGCCACUGUGUCUGCAGCCACCACAUCUGCCACAAGCGUUCCCUUCGCAACUGCCUCCACCAAUCAGGACUCUUCCUUAUCAAAGUUGACUACCAACGAAUACAUGCAAUUGAUUCCAAUAAUAUCUGCAGAUCAUCUGAGUAGUCACAAGUACUUGACUCAAAUGUAGUUCCUCUUAAGAACAAUCAAAUGAAUGUGUGCUGGCACCGUCCAAGCCAAAAGAGUUCAGCCUUUAUGUACAUAACCUUCAGAAUGUCAAGCAAUGGGAUAAGGAGGCUCUACCAUCUCUCAGCCAGUCCACGACGAUGGUCUCAUCACACGUGUAAACAUCAAGGGUGCAACACAUGAUCUGUGCCAUCUUCCCACAUAUCAACGUCAAGAAGAAUUUGUUGUCAAAUUCAACGUCCAGCCGAGAAAAGAGGAUAUCUUGGUGUCAGGGUCAGUGUGUCUCUCCCUCAGUGGGGGAAUGUUCGCAUUACACCUCUGUGUCCGACUAAAUCAUAGCACUCAAUUUGUUCUAAUUAUUAUCAUUACUGCACACACAGAGGGUCAGGAGCAUGGUUGCAUAAAGCAACAUCCAGUGCUGGUACGUUAGAAGACCAAGAUCUUUCUUUCCUUUUUUUUAAUUGUUCUGCUUUAUUUUUUUUUUAAUUGAUAGCCAUAUUUCAUAGUUUACAAGUGAAAUGCAAACAUGCACCUUGAAUUUGAAUUGAAAUCUAAAAGGCACAAUGAUUUUAACAGGGGUUUUAUUCGCCAAAAGAAUUAGGCAUGUACAGUAUUGUGUUUUUACAGCUACUAGUGAAACUAGAUGUUGAAAUGAGGGUCUUGGACAUAUGAAUGUUCUGGGUAAACCAACAUACCUGUGUACCUUGAAAGCACAGCCAGGCUAGCUUUUCUUACCUUGUCAUGUGCCAUCAAGGCCAUACAGCUAAAAUCAGAGUGUUAUCUCAGCAGUGUUAUUUGUUUACCGAAGGUAAAAGUUUUGUAUGGCUGUUUUUGUAUUGUUUUGUUUUCAUUAAUCUCCAUUGUGAGUGGUUGUUGUUUUUUUUCUUUGUUUUGUUUUUUUUUUUUACUUUUUUGGUUCUCUAAUUAAUCAAUUUUAGAAGUGGGGUUCUUGUCAUUUUUUUUGUUAAUUUUGAUGGGGUUUUUUUUCUUUUAAAAUUAAAAAUGGAGGGUUUUUCUAUAGUUUGUCAUUACCUCUUUUAGUGUUUGUUUUUGUUUGUGUUGGGAUUAAGUUGUUGCUAAAGUCCCUUGACUCUAAAGCCUGGUGAAGUAGAGGGUGUAGCUUCAGUUGACGUGUUACCCUGUUCGCCCUCUUUUAAAGAGGAGUGACUCUAAAACUGUGUCUCCAAGAAGCACUGUUGAGCCAUGUGUUGAUGGGAAUUUAAAACAACAGACCCCGAAGGUCUAUUAGGUCAUUUAAACCACAUGUGCACUUGAAUGAUUGUUUGUUUGGUCACCCUGUUUUAAUUUCACAACCCAUCUUAUGUAAACUUUCAAGACAUGAACAUUGUCAUUCAUGUGUUGAUCCGACUACAGAAACCAAAGCAGUUUUAUUUUUCUCAAUCACUUUCACAAGGGUCACAGACGCAUCUCUCAAGAGGCUUGAACAAUUAAGGAAACAUUUUAAUCAUCUUUCGUUCAUCUGUCAGUUUUAUAAUCACUUCCCUUUUCUGUUUUCACACAGGUGUGUAGUGUCUUUACCGAUUGUAAUGCACCUAACAAAGCCUUAGAUUACAAUUAAUGGGUCUCAGCCCAAUAAAAUGUACUUUCAACUAUCAUGCAGGUAAAGAACACCAAUGAUGUUUUAUAGUUGUCUCACAUGCCGCUUAUGAUCUUUUUUGUUCUUUCUCUCUAUGUAAAAGUAACAAUUACUCUCUUAAAUUUCAUUGAACUUAUGUGUUAUGUACUACUUAAGGAUUUGAAUCUAUUUGAGGUAGGUAGUUUUAAUUUUUCUCUUUUUUUUGCCUUACUAUAUAUUACUUGACAACAUUGAUAUAGCCGUUGUAGAUUUUGAGGUAGUAUGACAUUCAUAACUUUUUCAAACCAUAUAAAUGAUAAUGUGUUGAGUCAGUUUUAAAUAUUCACUUCAUUCAUAUAGCUGGAUGUCUUUUUCAGUUGAUGUUACAUUAUCAAUUAAUUUUGUUGAUGAAAGACUUUUUUUUGAUACAAGGAAUGAGAUCGGUUAAUUUGCUGCCACUGCAGCAUCUCUGAGUCAACAGAAAAAGCCUAAUGUUUUAACUUACUUAAAUUUUCCUCGUAACAUGUCAAGAUCAUGUUUAAAAAUAUAUUGUAUUGAAAUAUAGAUCCAUGUUUUAGAGUAAAAAUUAUUUUCUACUGUAUCCAUUUCAAAAAUAUGUACUUUUGUUUGAAUAUUUCUUAAGUUUGCCCUGAAUGUCAGGCCAAAACGAGCAGUGAGAUUGACGGGUGUUUGGAGGUUGGGUGGAUAGUAAGAUUAGCAAAGCGAAGAUUUUUCCAGACUGGAAAAGUCUGAAAUGCUGCAGAUGAUGAGUUCUAACCUAAGGGACGAAGGUUGACUUUUUGCACUUCUGUAUAUAGUCAAAUGAACAGAGAAAAAAUGUGUAUCAUAUUGAGAUAUUAUUUUGAAUAAAAAAAGAUCUAUAAUUAUAAGGAAUUUUGCUAGAUUAAUUUAAAUUCUUAAAUUAGAAGACCAGCUAAAAAAAUUGCUUGCAAAGAAGGGCACUAGUUUCUUGGCCAAUGCAUUCAGAGAAAGCUAUGCGCUUUUUGUCUUAUUUUAUCAGUGGCUUGUAUUGCCAGGGAAUGUUGUAGGGGAUUAAAUAUCCCCAUGUCAUGCUAACUCCACUCCGCCUGUAGGAUGACAUAUCCAAUAAUGUCCUUAUAUCAUUUGUUGGACUUGGUCAUGCAAUAUUUCUGGUCCCAUGGUACAGUUGAUACAUGAAUCUAUCAAAAUUGUAUUCUAUUAUAGUUUGAUUUGACUGCAUGUAAAAGUACAAACGUGUAAACAAAAGAAACCGCGUAGCUAUGUAAAGAAUGACAACACAUUCAGAUUACAGAAUACACAAUAAUACGUUUUUCUUUUUCAAAUUAUACAUACAGUAGAUAACAUCCACAGUGGGGGAGAAAUAAUACUUCAAAAACAAGCCAUCUUACUCUUGUGUAAUAAAAAUAUUUUCCAAGCAGACAUGUUAUUUAAAGAAUGGUAAAAUAGUAGCACUCAUCCACCCCAGAUACUUUCUCAUAGCCAUAUAGUUACAGUUUACACUGACUCACGGGAAGUUGUUUCUGCUCUCAUAGCUGUGCACUCAGCAGGUGAAGGCUCACCAAAUGCAUAUUGGGCAAAUUAGUCUUUGAAAUGAAUGUAACAGUCACCGGUCAAGAUGUUCCUGACUUGAGGCUGCUGUAUUGUGGCUACAGAACCAAAGCACCAUUUUCUCCAAACCAGAUUGUUAGUCUCCUGGCUGCAGCCAAGGUUUCUUUUCCCUGCUGAGGGCACGUGUACGCUUUGACUGCUUUUUACUUGUAAGUGCAACCACCAAUUAUGUAUUUGCUAACAGUUGCAACACAAUAAUGUACUAUUCUGUCUUCAGAUUUGUUUAUGCACAUUUUAUUGUUGCCAUAAUUGACUCUUGCUGUAUGGAUGAAAAAAAAAUCUGAAUAAAACAAUAUUUGAUUUGCUCAUGCAACA